GAACGAGCUUGACGAGGACACGGUGCCAGAAAUCCAGCGCACCAAUAUGGGGAACGUGGUGCUUAUGCUCAUGUCGCUGGGCAUCAACAACAUUCUGCAGUUCGAUUUCAUGGACAAGCCCCCAACAGAAGCCAUCAUGCAGGCACUUCAGCAGCUUUACGCAUUGGCUGCGAUCAACGAGCGAGGCGAGCUGACCAAGUUGGGACGUCGUAUGGCCGAGUUCCCUCUGGAGCCCAUGCAUUCAAAGGCCUUGCUGGCGAGUGAGAAAUACAAAUGCGUCGACGACGUGAUCACGAUCCUGGCGAUGCUAACGGUGGGAAACUCAAUCUUUUACCGACCAAAGGACCGUGCCGUUCACGCUGACAAUGCUCGCUUCAACUUUGCCCGCGGGGGAGGAGGGGAUCAUCUGGCCUUACUGCGGUGUUACCAGCAAUGGGAAGAGAGCAACUUCUCCACGCAGUGGUGCUACGAGAAUUUUGUCCAAAUUCGCUCCAUGAAGAAGGCGCGCGACAUCCGAGAGCAGCUGACGGGCCUGUGCGAGCGUGUCGAGAUUGAAUCGGUGUCCUCUGUAGAUAUCGACGAUAUACGGAAGGCCAUCACGGCGGGUUUCUUCUUCAAUUGCGCCUCGCUCACGCGCUCUCAGGACUAUCAAACCUUAAAGCACGCCCACACUGUGUACAUCCACCCAUCCUCAGUGCUGGCCAAGGACCAAAGAGAAGGCGUCCUACAUUCUCAUCUGGUCUAUCACGAGCUGGCCUUCACGUCAAAAGAGUACAUGCGCUCUAUCACUCCGAUUCAGCCUCAAUGGCUCUUGGAAGUGGCGCAGCAUUAUUACGACGCCGCCUCAAUUCAAGACCUCUCCCAGAAGAAGAAGGUGCCCAAGGCGGUAGGGAAAGCUCCGGAGACCAACCGAUAAUCUACAGAUUCGAAAGUAGGAAGAAGUCACACAUGGGGGUGAAGGGAGCACAUAUUCUGUAUAGAUGCAUUAUGAGCUUUGUUUACCUUAGCAAAGAGCUUAGUUGAUGGGCUUAAAACAAAUGGCUUUUUAAGAUGAAUAUAUCGAAAGUACUUUUUUGACUUCAGGUAAAAUACAAGACGGAUUCUAAUUGUCUGAUGUUCCCCUUUUUCUAAAUGUAUACGCACUCCUUUUCCCUGCGACUUUGACACUGUCUGUUAAAGCAAUGCAAGCAAACUUGUUCGCAAGCCUGUGAUCAAUGUUAGUGG